AACACUGAGAAAUAUUUAAACCAUACAACUUUUUCCUUAGUGCUGAUGUUUACAAAAAAAUUAUAAUAUAACACGUAAAAAAAAAAUCAUCUCCAUAACAAACUAUUGGCGAGUGUUGACAAAAAACCAAAAGAAACUAAACAAGGUCAAUUAUCUGAUUCCCGGAAGUAAACAAGACUAAUGGCUUAUUUAGGACUGAGGUGAAAAUACCAUUAACUUGAUCCAUCCUAUUCAUUAUAAAGGUUAAUUACAGGUUAAUUACAGGUGUGAUAAACAUUGAUUACCUGUGUGUAGUGAAGAGUGUUGGCAUCUGUGCAGGUAGUGAGGGAGUGAUUACCUGGAUCUUACCUGUGUCACAUGCUGAUUACCCACAAGAGCUGAGACUACCUGUAGGACUGAGACUACCUGUAGGACUGAGACUACCUGUAGGACUGAGACUACCUGUAGGACUGAGACUACCUGUAGGAGUGGGACUACCUGUAGGACUGAGACUACCUGUAGGACUGAGACUACCUGUAGGACUGAGACUACCUGUAAGACUGAGACUACCUGCAGGACUGAGACUACCUGUAGGACUGAGACUACCUGUGAUACCUGUUAUCAUCUGGAGUGAGCUGUAAUCCCAGUGUGACCUGACCUGGAGUAAUCUGUAAUCCCGGUGUGACCUGACCUGGAGUGAGCUGUAAUCCCGGUGUGACCUGACCUGGAGUAACCUGUAAUCCCGGUGUGACCUGUAAAUAUCUGGAGUGACCCAUAACACCGGUGCGACCUGACCUGGAGUGAUCUGACCUGGAGGCAGCAGGAAGGAAGAUGUGGAGGCUGGCUAUAGUGAGCAUCCUGGCAGCUGUGACCACCAGUGUUGAGAUAAAGAGAAUACCGGUAGUGUCAGUGACGGGGGUGGAGGGGGAGUCGGCGGCACUGCCCUGUGACGUGUCUCAUCCCCCUCACGACGCCAUCUACCUCCUGCUGUGGUUUAAAGAGCCCCUCACUACACCCAUCUACAGGUUAGAUGAACGAUCGGAAGCAGAGAGCCGGUGGUGGGACGAAAACCAGCUGGGCCAGAGAGCUCUCCUGGAGGUGUUGUCGUCGCAGGCAGUACUGAGAGUGUCCGCCCUCACCCUCCACGACCACGGCCUCUAUACCUGUCGUGUAGACUUCAGGAAUCACCCCACCAAGACGACCAGAGUCAACCUCACUGUUGUUGUUCCCCCAGAGCGAGUGAGUGUAGUGGUGGGUGACACAAUGCCUGAGGAGCGGGUGAGUGUGGUGGUGGGUGAGGUGUACAGCAACAGGGGCUCAGUCAGUAGCGUGGUUGGACCUUACCUGGAGGGUGACGUCAUCCAACUCACCUGUGUCGCCCAUGGUGGCAGUCCCCGACCGUCGGUGGUGUGGUACGGAGACUCUCGCCUGCUGGACACUCACAUGGAAUCAGAUGUUUUAGAAGCCACGAGUGAAACCCUUGGUGCAGUGACGGUGACAACGCUCGGACCGGGGCCCACCACAACACAGCCAGCUUUCGGAGGAGAGCCGUUCAAUACGCUUACUCUGGGGCCCCUCAGUCGCAGCCACCUCAACCUGCUGUUGACGUGUGAGGCCUCCAACAACAACCUCACACAGCCCACCACACUCAGCCUCACCAUUGACAUGAACUUGCCGCCCCUGAGUGUAGAGAUCCAGCGGCCUGAGUCAGUGGCGCUGAGGGCUGAACGUGAGUACUUGGUGGAGUGUGUGGUGGUGGGAGCUCGACCCCCGCCCGCCAUCACCUGGUGGAGCGGCCACCAACGAGUCCUGCAAGCCACGGUCACGAUCUCAGAGGACAGGAAUCUCACCAGCAGUAGUGUGGUGAUCGUCCCUGGGCCACGGGACAAUGGUUCGUUCCUUCGGUGUAUCGCAGAGACCCACGCUGCCCCAGCCACCCUGGAGGACACCUGGACCCUCACCGUGCACUAUGUGCCCACGUCCUCGUGCAGGUUCGGGUCGUCACCGGACGCUGCCAACAUCAAGGAGGAACACGGUACUGGAGAGGCGCCGCUGGUUCACAACGUGACCGCUGGGGUGAUCAUCAGUAACCAGAGUCUGGUGCUGCAGCGGCUGGUGAGGGCCCAGGCGGGGCGCUACUCCUGCCUCGCUCACAACCCCGUCGGUGAUGGCCUCUCUAACUCCCUCAGACUCGACGUUAAGUUCGCUCCCGUGUGCUCCUUGGGGCAGGUCACUAUAUACGCUGUGGAUCGCUACGAGGACGCCGAGGUGACCUGCUCCGUGGACGCCAACCCCGUGCAGGAGUCCUUCCAGUGGACGUUCAACAACACGGCGGACACCAUUGACGUACCCCAGGGCCGCUUCACCUCCCUCAGCACCCACAGUGUCAUCACCUACACCCCCAUGACCGCCCUGGACUACGGCACCCUCCUCUGCUGGGCCAACAACGAGAUCGGCCCUCAGAAGGAACCCUGCGUCUUCCAUAUCGUGCCUGCUGGUAAGCCGGAGCCUCCAGGUGAGUGUAGGGUGGAGGAGGGCACGAGGACCUCAGUAUGGGUGAGGUGUGGGGCGGGAGGUAGUGGAGGUCUCCCACAACACUUCCUCCUCCAGGCCAGCAGCCUCCACCAACCUCACCACCAACACCUCCUCAACUUCACCUCCGCCUCCUCCCCAAACUUCUACGUAGAAGGGCUGGAGGCGAGGGGGAAGUACCAGCUGGUGAUCAGGGCAGUGAACGAUAAGGGCUCCAGCAGUGCCGCUCAUCUCACUGUCACCAGCAUCGACACCAAGAACUAUGUAUACCAGCUGCAUGACGGGCCCCUGGAGGCUGAGGUCCGGGAUGGUGGCAAGAACGGUGUGGUGGGUGGUGAGAGUGAGGUUCCUGAAGAGUCCUUCCUUGACGCUCUGGCUCUCCCAUCCUUCAUCAUGGGAGUCCUGGGCGUAGGAUCAGGCCUGGUGCUGCUCGUAAUUUUACUCCUGUUGAUCAUCACCUUCCGCGGCAGGAGGAGGGCGCCCCAGCUACACCCUCUGGCACACAACCUUCACCUGACGGACACCGAGGAGAGUCUUCCUAGUGGCGCCUCACCUGGAGUACUCUCACACGUGUUGACACCUGACCACCUUACUACCAGUCUGGAGGGGGGCGUGAUGCAACAUCAGACAGAGAGCGAGAGCGACAUUGACCCUGAUGUGAUCCCUCUACAAGAAUCUAUACCAGGAGGUGACACAGAGGUGGUGACCCUACAGGCAGCUACUGUCUUGCCCUCACACCACUACUACAGAAAUUUCAGACAGUUCAAGUUAUAUUAUUAUUUCUCUCUUGGUGAUACUUAA